AUGUUUUCCCAACACCGUCUCAGCCCGAACAAGCAUGAGAUGUUAAAUGAAUCCAACCACCUUUGCGAGGCCUUUGCCAUUAGUGAGUCCAUCUUAGCACGCUAUCAACGCAACAACAAAGCACUUUCUGUCUCCGAAAAGAAGGCAUUUGCCGCAAUGUUGCUACGGGCGCCGCAAGAAGUUCUCGCCGAAACCGUUGCAUCUUUGGGGCCUUCGACAGUUCAAUCGCAGCGACCGAAAAAUGAUUUUUCUGCGCUAAUAGAGCGUACACUUAUUAUUGGCAAUCCCCUUAAAGAUAUCUUUCAGCGCCUAAAUGAAGUGCUCUGCAACAGCCUUGACUCCUCCAGAACCCUUGUGUAUUAUAAGGACCCGACCGAUAGCCUCUUAAAGGACCCUGUCUACGGCACGGCAGCGACAAUUGACGAAACAACGCCACUCGGCAAAGCGGUCUCCACGGGCAUAGAGUGCAACAUCGCCGGGACGCUCUACCUGCCACUCAGCUACGACGGUAAUGUGGUGGGGUGCGUCGAAAGCGCAUGGGGAAACACGGAAGAAAAGCAACAACAACAUAUCAAGGAAACACUUCAAUUUACUGCAUGUGCCGUAUACAACGCCAUCGAGUCGGAGAGGAUAAAAUGGAACAAGGAAAAGGCAGAGGCCAUGCUGACAAUGGCGACGCAGCUCGCCCGUGACAACCUGGACGAGGCCGUGCUUGCCAACUCCAUCAUGAACACCGCCAAGGCGCUCACGGAGAGCGACCGCUGCAGCAUCUUCCUCGUCAAGGACGACACACUGGAGGCCCACUUUGAAGAUGGCAAUAUUGUCACCAUCCCGAUUAGCGCGGGUAUUGCGGGAUUUGUGGCCCAGUCAGGUGAAACAGUAAACAUUUCCGAUGCGUACGCCGACGAGCGCUUCAACCGCGAGGUGGAUAAGGCAACUGGAUACCGCACCAAGACGAUUCUCUGCAUGCCU